AUGACUUUAAUUAUGGAAUUGUGGCAUAUGAAUUAUGAUUGUGGAAUUAUGUUGUACGGGUCUUGUGAUGUCUUACUCUGCAUGUCAGAUGCUGACAAUUUCUUUAUUUGCAACCCAUCAACUAGAAAGUCUAAAAAAUUAACUUACGAAUCGGUUGAUUUACCAGAUAUAAAUAACAUUUUCUACGACUGUAUUUAUCGAUUUGGUUACGAUAACACCAACGAUGAUUACAAGAUUGUGACACUUGUGUUUUGUCAAAAAGAAAUUAGAGGAGACAUCGACGAAUAUGAGGUGAAGGUUUAUAGUUUGAAAUCAAAUUCGUGGCAUAGGCCAGAGAAGUGUUCUCAAUAUCCGAAUAUGGGGAGCUUUGGAGAUUCAAUAGCUAGUGGAGCUCUACACUGGAUCUCAUAUGUGAAAUCGGAUACAGAAAAGAAAAGAUUGAUUGUUGUCUUUCAUCUUGGAACAGAGAAAUAUAGAGAACAAUUGGCACUAUAA